AUGAGCAAUUCUGAGCUCCGUCAUCAAUCUUCCGGUUCUUCUGGGAGAAGUAGCAAUCAGUUCCACCGGGCUCACUCGCGAACGUCGUCUGCAGAUUCCAUUUUCGAAGAUAUUUCCACUCGGGCUCACAAUCUAUUUGGCAUACUGGAUGAAGACAAAAAGGGCUACUUAGAUACACGAGUUUUGGCACAAGCUUGUGGAAAACGACUAAAUGAACGGCAACUCGGCGAACUCAUCCAACACCUGGAUCAUGAUGGCGAUGGGCGAGUGAGCAAGGAAGACUUCAAGCAGUGUCUACGUGAAAUCGCUCGAAGAAAUAGUAUGAUACGAGGUUCUAUAAUGCAAGUUCCUUCAGUGAUCACAUCACAUAAAUCAACCACCACUAGCACUUCGCCGGAUUCAACGCGAAGCCGGAAACAGUCGGAUGAAGGUAGUUCCGAGACAGAGGAUCGCAUUGAUGGCCAUCUUCAUGGGUCGAGGUCCGCUGUGUUCAUUCGUCCAACCAGCAAACCACAUGAGAAAACACGUGAAAGACUGUUGAGGAGGAUGGUCGCAGGGGCAACACCGCGGUCAGGUGGUUAUGGAAUUACGCGUCAGUUUAGCAGUUCUCUUCCGGAGCUGGCAGCAAUUGAUGAGUGUCUGGGGUCCUUAAAUUGCCAGGAUCACAUUUACGAGUUGUACCGGCUUCUGUGUUCAGAAAAUCCCGGCUUGUCACGCAUGUACGAAUCAGUAUUGAUCGAUAUUGUGAAAUCGUUACACCGGGCGAAGCAAGCACAAUGUCGCCUGGAGCAGCAGAUUGAAUGUGAGAGGACCCAACACAGUGCAGAUAUACUGCGCUUAUCCGAGGAAUUGGAUCAACAAAUCCAGUUGGCCGAGCAGGCAGCUCGCGCUCGUGAGCGUGAACUGGCUUUAACGGAAUUUCGUGGACAACUGGAAGCCAAGUCGGCUCAAGUAGAGCAACUAUUAGAACGUCUAAGACAAGUUGAAGAGCAAAACCUGACGAUGGAACAUGCCGGGUCAAAGAAAUCAGUCCAGAUGGAUGACCGACUGAACGCCCUCCAGGCUGAAAUCGCACAACUUCGCUUGGAACGCACCAGCCUCGAGGAUAUGCUAACAGCCACACGUGCCGAACUUGUCCAGACAAGAACGGAACUAACCACUUUGAAGCAAUCUUUCAUUGAGAAGUCCCGAGAGUUGGAAAGCCAUAUUGCUACCUAUGUGGAUGUCGUAAAAGAAAACUCAAAUCUGAGUAGCCAACUUACUCUGCUUCAAGAAGUGAACAGAGAAUUAUGCGAUGCCAACGAUUGUCUAUGUGCCGUACUAGAGCGUAGUACUGAGGAUGUAGAGAACACCGCGUGUUUGAAGGAUGCAGCCACCGCCUAUUCCCUGUUGUACUCAAACUUCAAGCAACUGUUAGUGGAAAAGCACAUUCUUGGUGCUGGCACCCCAAAAGAACGCUCUUUUACCUAUCACCAGUCGAAUUCAAUCGCAGAAGAAAGCUUGGAAGCGAUAUCACCCGAACCAAAAAAGAUUGUUCUUCGACCUGUUCCUGGACGUCGCCGCCGGGACACAGAACGCACGAGUAUUCCACCAAACACACUAUUUACUCAAGAAAGCUUCAACGCUUGGGUAGAAACUUGUGGCGAAUCUCUUCAUGGGGACAGUGGACUUUCGAGUUUGCGCGAUGUUCCAGAGUUUGAGUCCGAGAUGGAGUUGGAAUCACCAGUCGACCACGCUGCAAUCUCAAGCCAAAAGAACGCGCGUACGGUAUCCAGUCUCACAGUACAAGAAGCGACGCGUUCACUUGGUAGCCGAAGAGACAGUAUGGAGGAGGAUGUUUUGGUAUCUACUUCCGCCAAUCCAGACUCACAAUGCGUAGUUGACAGUAAUCAAACCUUUGCACAAGAAAAGGUGGUACACUAUAGCGAGGGUGUGCAGCCGAUGUCCUCUGUAGCUGCAGACUAUGGACCAGCAUCUGAUCAAAAGCAACUGCAUCGUUCAACAGCCACUUCGACUGCGCUGAUGGAUGACAAAUUGAGAAUAUUCCGCGUCAUGCUUGCUGGGGACUCAGCUGUUGGCAAGACAAGUUUACUUGUACGGCUUUGCGAUAACGUGUUUACCGGAAAAGCUGUCUCAACCAUAGGUUAGUUCCGCAGCAUAUCGGCCAACUUUUACAGGAAAGCUGAUGGAAUACUCUUGGUCUAUGACUGUACUCAAGAGUCCUCGUUCUUGAAUAUUCGUGAAUGGAUGAGUACUGUUCAGGAAAACGCUGGUCGUGAGAUCCCCGUGGCUAUUAUCGGAAACAAGGUGGAUCUUCGUGAUCAGCAAGAAUUACUGGGUGCGCACUGCGUCACCUAUGUGGAAGGAAGGAAAUUCGCACAGGAAAUUGGUGCAUUGUUCUUCGAAACCAGUGCGUUGACCGGGGAGAACGUUGAGGACUGUGCUACCGAACUGACGAGAUUACUCUGUGCACAGGAAGAUUACAAUCUUCGUCGGCCGCAACUCAAAUUGAACAGUCCAGUGAAACCGAACAACAGAAGCGGCUGUUGUGGCAAGUAAUCCAAGCAAAAGCGUCACCCGCCAUUGCCCCCGCGCCACUCAAUUGCAAAACUGCACUCAGAUUUCUUAUCAUCCAAAAGUUUAUAUGAAUCUACUUCAUCAGAACCAAUUUACAGUCUUCUUUCAACACCCAAUCAACCGAGUCCAAAAAGUCAUACGCGCCGAGUGUCUUGUGCAUCCAGAAUAUUUAAUCAAUUAACACUUUGUGCCUUUGGCCACUCAGAGUUCAUUCGCAUUUCACUGCAGCCGAACUAGAUUCACCAAUUUUGCAAUUCAAACAGUUGUUUCUCCAUGCCAUUUUUUCACGGACCUUACUUGGUACUCGGUUAAUCACGAACAUAUUA